AUGGAGAAAAGCAAUAAUGUCACUGUAUUUAUUCUCUUGGGACUUUCUGAAAGCAAAAAUAUUGAAAUCUUUUGCUUUGUAUUGUUUCUAUUUUGCUAUAUUGCUAUCUGGAUGGGAAAUUUGCUCAUAAUGGUCUCUAUUGCAUGCAGUCCAUUGUGGGAACAACCUAUGUAUUUCUUCCUGAAUUACCUCUCACUUUCUGACCUUUGCUACACAUCUACAGUGACACCUAAACUACUAGUGGACUUACUGUCAGAAAGGAAGACCAUUUCCUACACUAGCUGCAUGAUACAGCUCUUUACGACACAUUUCUUUGGUGGUGUUGAGAUCUUUAUCCUCACAGGGAUGGCCUAUGACAGAUAUGUGGCCAUCUGUCAGCCCCUGCACUACACUGCCGUCAUGAACAAACAGAGAUGCAGCACCAUCCUUGUAGCUUGUUGUACCGGGGGACUUACACACUCAGCCAGUCAGUUUCUCCUCACCAUCUUCUUACCCUUCUGUGGCCCCAAUGAGAUAGAUCACUACUUCUGCGAUGUGUAUCCUUUGCUGAAACUGGCCUGCACAAAUACACACACGAUUGGGCUUUUAGUCAUUGCUAAUUCCGGCCUAAUUGCUGUGGUGACUUUUGUGGUCUUGAUGUUAUCUUACUUUUUUAUACUGUACACUAUCAGAGCAUACUCUGCAGAGAGCCGCAGUAAAGCUCUUUCUACUUGUAGUUCUCACAUAACGGUGGUGGUUCUCUUUUUUGCACCUGCAUUAUUCAUUUAUAUUAGGCCAGCCACAACGUUUCCGGAAGAUAAAGUGUUUGCUCUUUUCUACACCAUCAUUGCUCCCAUGUUCAACCCUCUGAUCUACACGCUAAGAAACACGGAGAUGAAGAAUGCUAUGAGGAAGGUGUGGAGUCAUCAAAUGUUCUUGAAAGGAAAGUAA